UCCAACUCCGUUAACAAAGAGCUAGCAUUCAUUGUCCAAAUUAAAGGAUGACUUCAAUCUAUUUGUUAGGUGUUGGUGCUCUUACAAUCCUCACCCUAUUAAUUUUUAAUAAAAUCAAAAAGAAUGGCCGUGUUUCAAACCAUCCUCCAGGUAAUUUUGGAUGGCCGAUACUUGGUAAAACUUUGGAAUUCAGUUCAAACCCUGCUAAAUUUGUACGUGACCGGAUGAUAAAGCACUCUCCGGACAUCUUUCAAACGUCCUUUGCAGGGCAUAACGUGGUCUUUUGUUGCGGUCCAUGAGGUAACAAGUUCAUCUAUUCAAAUGAAAAUAAAUUUACGAAUUGGUUACCAAAGAGCAUUGCUAGAGCCUUUUCACUAACUAAUGUUGAUAAUAAGUCGCUUCAUUGGAGAUUUUUCAUGGAGCACUUACACAACUUCCUUAGACUCGAAUCCCUGCAAGAUUGUGUAGGCGUUAUGCAUUCAAGGGCAAGCGAGCACUUGGAGAAGCAUUGGGUUCCUUAUAACGAAGUUAAGGUCCAACCUUUAUCGAAAGACUUCACUCUAUCUAAUGAUGUCCAUCUUUUAGUUAGCUCAAACGAAGAUCUAGCAAGGGAAGUCGCCGAACCCUUUUACACUUUGGCUGAGAGGGUUCUUUCGGUGCCAGUAAAUUUGCCUGGUACAUCCUAUAACCAGGCUUUGAAGGCGUCGAAGAUUGUUAAAGGCAAGCUUAUGGAUCUAAUGAGGAGUAAGAGAGAAGAAAUAUUAUCAGCAAAGGAAAAUAAUGUGGAUAUCGAAAUCGUUGGCAAAGAGCUGUUGAGUAAACUGCUUAUUGCUUCAUAUGAAGAAGAUUUCAACUCUAUUGACGACGAGGAAAUAGCGGGUCUAAUAAUUGGUCUCCAAUUUGCAGGAUUUCAUACUACAAGUACUUUGAUCACAUUUAUAAUAGAUUAUCUUGCUCAAUAUCCAGAUGUUUAUGCAAAAGUCUUACAAGAACAAUUGGAGAUAGCACAAUCGAAAAGGAAAGGGGAGCUAUUGAAUUGGAAAGAUAUUCAGAGCAUGAAGUAUACAUGGAAUGUGGCAUGUGAAACCAUGAGAUUAAAACCUCCUGCGGUUGGAGGUUUCCGAGAAGCCAUCUCCGACAUCUCCUACGCUGGCUACACUGUCCCAAAGGGAGCGAAGGUACGUCUGCUACUAGGUUUGAAAAAAAAGCUAACUGUUAUUACAAAAUAAAAAUAAAAAGGAAAAUUUGUUAAAAACUAUCUUAUAAAAACCA